AUGCGGACAAUCUCGGCGCUAGCUUCGCCUCUGCGGAGAUCAACACCUACAGCAGCGCGCCAGAGUACGCGGAGAUGCUUCUCAAGCUCCCACAACCUGCAGGCUACAUGGGGUUUCAUAGGACUGGGACGCAUGGGAUAUCCCAUGGCGAAGAACCUCAGAGCGAAGAUACCGGCUGAAGACACUCUCUUCGUGCACGAUGUCAACACCGCAGCUACAAAGCAGUUCCUUGAGGAACACCCACAAGGCGUACAAGUGGCCAAGAACGUUCGAGAAGUCGCCGAGAAAGCCGAAACUAUUGUUACUUCGUUGCCAGAACCAAAGCAUGUAAAGGCAGUCUUCAAGGAGAUGCUGGAGCCAGCUACUCUUCUUUCAGACAGCUCUGUCAACAAAGAGCGUUUCUUCAUAGAUUGCUCGACCAUCGAUCCCAUGACCUCUGGUGAGGUGGCGCAAGCUGCUCACUCUACGGGUCAAGGGAAGUUCAUCGAUGCGCCUAUGUCAGGUGGUGUGGUUGGUGCGCAGGCUGGCACGCUCACCUUCAUGAUCGGUGCGCCGCCAGAAGCAGUCGAGGGUGCUACCAAGGUGCUGUCAAUGAUGGGUCGGAGAGUAGUGCACCUUGGCGGACCGGGUGCCGGUCUCAAGGGAAAGCUUGCCAACAAUUACUUGCUCGCGCUCAACAACAUUGCAACUGCAGAGGCCAUGAGCAUGGGCGUGAAGUGGGGUUUAGAUCCAAAGGCGCUGGCUGGCAUGAUCAACACAGCGACUGGCAAGUGCUGGCCCAGUGAGGUUAACAAUCCUGUUCCUGGUGUCAUUGAGGGCUCGCCUGCGAGCAGAGGCUAUGAAGGAGGGUUUGGCAUAGGUCUGGCCAGCAAAGAUCUCAAGCUCGCGCUAAAGGCUGCUGAUGAGGCAGGUGUCAAGCUCGCGUUAGGGGAACCUGCAAGAGCGCUCUACGAUGCUUGUGAAAAAGCCGAAAACUGCAAAGGCAAAGAUUUUUCAGUAGUUUACCGGUAUCUUGGAGGCAAGGAGUAG